AUCACACGCCCGCUCUAUAAACUUAUAUCUACUACCACCUGAAGGGCCAUGGCAAGGCAACUGGUCUGCCAAGUAGUAGGUUUGAAGCCCAUGCUGAGUGCCAAAAUUGCUUGAAGCGCUUCGAGCGGCGUUGGAACGGCGGUUUAGUACUGUGGGUUGAUGGACGACAUUCACCUCGUUCACCACAAUCCAGCCUACCACGGGCCGAAUUUUCACCGAACGCGAUAUCUAUCUCAUUUUCGGGCCCGCAAACUUCUUCCAAAGUGGUAACACCGACAUGACAUCAACUUCACCACCACCGGGCUCGCAAGCCGGAUCCGACGGCAAUGGCUACUGCGACGCCAUGUUCGACAACGCCACUACUAGGCCCACUCCCCGCACCAUCACGUUGGACGACUCGAGCGACCUUACACUUGUGAUCGGAGAGGAGUGCUCGAACGAGCCCGUUCGAGUUGAAGUCCUCAAGGGUGCUCUUCGUCUCUCGAGCUCUGUUUGGAAAAUCAUGUUCGAACCGGGUCGUUCGCUAGAGAGUUCGAAGCCAGAGGUGGCAUUUCCAGACGACGACCCGAAGACAAUGCUCAUGGUCCUCCGCAUUGUGCGUUUCCGCUUCCGAGAUUUACCUGAGGGGAAACUCAGCUUAGCAAAGUCGUUGGCCCUUGCUAUUGUCUGUGACAAAUACGCUACCGUUGGCAUCGUCAGACCCUGGCGUCAUGCCUGGAUCAAUAUCCCGGGGAAAGUAUCGAGCGAGUCCGAGUGGCUGUUCGUCGCAUGGACAUUCGGCGAUACGCGUCUAUUCCAGAACAUUGCAAAAAGACUAGUCAUCUACUUAGACACGGACUCAGACACGGACUCAGACACGGACUCAGACACGUAUCGUUCUCUAAUGCGUGAUCCAAAGCCUCCUGGUAUUGCCGAAAGCAUUCUCCAGGCCAGAGAGCACGUCAUACAGCGCAUCCUAGAUAUGUGCUACGCCACCCUUGACAAAAUUGCUGGAGACGACCGUAACUGCUGCAUACACGGCUCUCCUGUUUGCAACGCAACUAUUGUCGGCUCGUUGGUGAAAAGCUACUAUAAACUUGCCAUCCUGCCAGAUCGUCUCAACGCCAAAACCACCAGAAGGAGUGUUCACGAUCUGACGCUAAAGCUAAACCAACUCAGACUUCUCACUCCUUCGGGAAACAAUUCCCUCAACGACCCUCACUUCACGUGCACAAGUACCUACGCCAACCUGUUUCGAGAAAGCGCAAGAACUAUGGAAGAAUAUGCCCAAUGUCGUCAAGGGCAUUCAUCUUCGACAUGUAGAGGCGCAGAGGAAGGCUUGAGAAGGCAAGGCACGGAGAAUCACAGUUCCAAUCUGUGUACGGCCCUCUAUUGCUGUCUGAGGUGGUCUAGUGACUUAACUAGUUGUUCAGAAUAAUGAACAUACCAUGAGAUACCACAGCCAGUGACAGCCAGUGGCAGAAAACCGUACACAUCUCUAUGACGAGGACGAGGCAUGGAAAAGGCUAGUCUGCGAGACAUAAAUCAUGCUUUUAGGAUACAUUAACCACUAAUUCAAGGCGCUUAAGCUCUGG